UGGCGCCCGGAAAUAAAUUAUAAAGAAAUCAUAUAGCUCGAGCACUUCCAUUAAAAGAUAGACUGACACAACGAAAGUGAGUGAGUGAGUGACUGCAAGAGAGAGACCAGAGAGAGAGCAGAGAGAGUAAGGGAGGGAGGGAGAGAGAAAGAGUGGGAGCAAGGGAUAGAGGGUUAGAGGAAAGGUAUGAAUUCCUAUUUCGCAAACCCGUCGCUCUCAUGCCAUUUAGCUGGUGGCCAGGAGGUUUUACCCAACGUGGCCCUAAAUUCAACCACCUAUGACCCGGUUCGGCACUUCUCGUCGUACGGCGCGGCUGUGGCACAGAACCGGAUAUACUCCUCGCCUUUCUACUCUCCUCAAGACAACGUAGUUUUCGGCUCUGGUCGGGGACCAUACGAUUAUGGAUCAAACGUAUUCUACCAGGACAAGGACGUCCUUCCCAGCUGCCGGCAGAGUAGUCUGGGCCAGGGUGCACAGAGUUCGCUAGGACAAGACUAUUCCACGGAGCAAGGCAGAAGUGUGUCUCAGGACCCGAAGGGCAGCAUUCAGAUUUACCCGUGGAUGCAGCGCAUGAACUCUCACAGUGGAGUUGGAUACGGGUCGGACAGACGAAGAGGACGUCAGAUCUACUCCCGAUAUCAAACUCUCGAACUCGAAAAGGAAUUCCAUUUCAAUCGCUACCUGACGAGACGUAGGCGCAUCGAAAUUGCAAACAUGCUCUGUCUCACGGAGCGCCAGAUCAAAAUCUGGUUUCAAAAUCGCCGUAUGAAAUGGAAAAAGGAAAGCAACCUGACCACAACCGUCACAGACACAUCGGGGACCGGCCAGGAGACGGGCAAGGAGGACGCUGACGAGGCGACAGACGAGAAGAAGGAGUAAGCGUCGCCUCCGACAAGUAUUAGAGCAGUACAGUCAACCAUCGUGAUGUACGGAUAACGUAAACUACCUAUUGACUACCUUUCGUUUGGCACAACUCAUCGACAUGAAAGAAGACAUGGAGUGCUUUAAAAUUCAAUGCGUACUCAUCACACAGCCGUAGCCUACAUGCUCUACCAUUCCUCCUCAGUUCAAGAUGAGCAACAGACUGUGCGUAAAGAAAACUGAUUUAUUCCAGACUUGCCAUUCCCUUGCAUACUUUUGUGAGUUCGUCGCUGUAAAGCCAAAUUUGAUUUUACUGUAUUUUGUCUUGAAAUAACGAACACCUUAUACCAGGAUAUCUGGCCAUGUGGAGAAAUAGUCACAGGUGAGCGGGUAAUGGAGACAAUUGUGAAGGAAAGAACUACAUUCGCUUUAACUUUUGUAUGCUUUGAUAUCAUAUAUUUCUUAUUUUGUUGUAAACCAAACUUGUAUGCUGAACUGAAUAUUCACUGAGCGAUCCAUACUACCUGAGUUGUGAAUAUGUUUGUACAUAUGACAUAUGUCAAGCCUUGCUCCUGUGUGAGAAUCAAGGAACGCAUCCCGAAGUUAUUACUGUAAUGUUACUAGGUACUAUAUUUAUGUUUAGAAAGAUACCAUCACAUAUAUGGUCAUAUCGAAAUGUGUCUUUCAAGUAGCGUUAGAUGACUUAAUUCAGUAAGUGUUGUAUGAAAAGUACGUCACAUCAUAUGUAAU